AUGAGAGUGGCGGCAUCCUCUCUCCUCGUCGCUCGGCGCUACAGUUCUAGACCUCCCCGCACUCUCAGUACCAUCACCUGUCCAUCUCUGUCCCCUCGACCCCCCUUCUCUUCUUCCACUUUCUCCUCCGUCUCCUCCGAUCCCGCCGCCGCCGAUGCUAUACUCCUAUGGGGUUGCACUCCCGCCGAGGUUUCCACCAUUCUCCACAGCUGCACCUCUCUUCCCCUCCCAAACAUUCGUUCGGUUCACGACAAGCUACAGAUCCUUAAAACUCUCGGCGCCCGUGGCCCGGACCUCGUCAAGAUUGUAGCUCGCAGCUCGCCGCCCACUCUUCCUCUCCCGUCCCCUCGCUUCCGGCAUCGGACGCCGCCUCGAAUUUCUCCGCACCCUUUUUCCCUACGACCCCCGCUCUCUCCUCCGUGCCGUCAUCUGCAACCCCUCCCUUCUCACCUUCGACGUCGACUCCAUUCUCCUCCGUUGCACGGAUCUCUACGAGCGCGUCUGCAUUCCUCGGCAUGUUCUAUCGGUCUCCAGCCUGACGCCGCGUUGUACAAAUACGCCGUCUCCAUCAUUGCCAUAUCCAGAUUAGACACGAUUCAAAGCAAGAUCGCCAAUCUUGAGAGGUUCGGGCUAUCGGAAGAUGAGGUUUUGAGCGAUUUAUUCGCUCGUUAUCCCAGUGUGCUUACUUUCUCUGUGGACAAGGUUCAGAGGAACAUGACCUAUGUUCUUGGGAUAAUGAGACUCCCAGUCCGGGCUGUCAUCGAGGAGCCUAAGUUGCUCUCGGUCAGUUUGGAUAGGUGUUUAAAGCCUCGGUUUUUGAUUUGGCAACGAUUGCAGGAGGCAGGGCUGAAGCCUCGUGGAAAGGAGCUAACUGUAGUGUCGGCCAUGAGAAUGAGAGAGCCGCAAUUCCUCAAGGCUUUUGUAAAAUGUCAUGAGAAUGCAGCUGCUGAAUCCCUGAUGGAACUUUAUAACAGUUCCAUGGUUUCAAGGCGGUUGGCAGAGUCUUCAAAGAAAAAGAUUAUACGCAAGGCAUUCCCUUAUUAAUCUGAAUGAACUGUUCAAUUUGGUAGCGGCUGCAGCUUUUCAUGAUAGUCUAUCUAUAACAACUUUCUCACAAUUUCUUCUCCAGAUCCACACAUUUCAGAAAGAAUUUAUGGUGGAGCCCCAUGAGACCAGGCCUGGAAGAGUUGAAUUUCUUGCACAUCUUUUAAGCUGCAUAUAUGAAGUCAAGUGUGAAGAUAGUUCUUCUGCCCAAGUCCAGCACAUAGUGGAACUCAAAGCUAGAAGGGGUGAUUCAAGCAGAAAUGAUUCUUCAUCCAGUUAUGAGCAGAACUUGGUUGCUGGGUUGAUUGACUGGAAUUAUGGUGAAACUGUACUGUUACAGAGAGCUGUAUGCAAAAGGUGAAGUUGGUAUUCAUAAGACAAAUUAUACCUGUAAUUUAAUUGGCUUAAAUGUAUUUAAUAAGCCGUGUACAUAUGACUAUUUUCUUGAUUCGGUAAUACAACCGAUUCCAUCUUCUUAGUGCA